AAUUGUCUGGAUACAGUUACAAAGGGUAGUGGGGCGUUUGCUUGGAAACGUGACGCGCGCAUUCAUCGUGAACAGAAACGUUCUCUCAUUCUCUUUCUUUAUAACCUAUUUAAUUUCCUCAUUUCAUCAACUGAGAUGGCAUUACUCGAUUUGAACUUGAACCUCAUACUGUUCAUGACUUACUCUACUGUUCUUCAGGUUGUCCAGUACAUCGGCGAGACAUGUCGAUAUUUGGUCUCGCAACCACCCAGACCCACAGAUCGCCAGCAUCAAGUUCGUCUGGCUUUUGGAAAUGGGUUGCGUCGCGAAACUUGGAUUGAGUUCCAAAAGCGAUUUAAUGUCCCACGGAUUGGCGAGUUGUACGGUGCAACUGAGUCAACGGCUAGCAUUAUCAAUUCGGAUUUCACGGUCGGUGCAAUCGGUUUCAUCCCACAAGUGAUCAAAGGUGUUUAUCCGAUUUAUCUCAUCAAAAUGGAUCCGACCACGGAAGAACCUCUCCGGGAUCCAGAGACCGGUCUCUGUAUCGAAUGUGAUGAGAAUGAACCGGGUCAACUGAUCGGUCGGAUCAGCAAGCGUAGUCCCGUGCGCCAGUACGACGGUUAUGUUAGUGAACAAGCGAGCGAGAAAAAAGUGCUGCGCAAUGUGUUCAAACCCGGCGAUGCUUGGUUCGCUUCCGGUGAUCUGCUUUACCGGGACGAGCUGGGUUAUCUCUAUUUCAGUGAUCGUCUUGGUGAUACAUUCCGUUGGCGCGGGGAAAAUGUGUCCACGGCUGAAGUGGAGUCUGUUUUGCUCAAAGCAUUUCCCGAUAUGACCGCGACUGUCUACGGCGUUCCUGUCCCAAAGAAUGAAGGGAAGGCCGGAAUGGCCGCACUGGUUGUGGACCUAUCCAAAAUUCCUGCCGAGGAUGAACGGGAACUAGUGGAUCGAUUAUAUCAGGAAUUCACGUUGAAUUUACCCACAUAUGCUCGUCCACUGUUUCUCCGAUUGUGCGAACAAAUCGAAAUGACUAGUGAGUUUCUGGACGGCAUUGGAUUCUCGCACGAUCACAUCUUUAUGGAUUCUUGCAACUUAAUCAUCCAGUGGAUAAAACAAAAUAAUAGUUAUUUUUGGGACUUGGAAUGA